UCUCUCUUUCCCACCACUGCAUGAAGAACCCAUGCGAGGCUAGGAGCUGCCGCUGCAGCAUUCAUAUGAUCGGAGCACGUUCACACACCCCCUUGUGAAGACGCGUGUGAGCAGCAGCAGAGGCAGCGCUGAGUGCUGUGUGUGUGUGUGUGUGUGUGUGUGUGUGUGUGUGUGUAUGAGUGUGAGAGCGAAACUGCGGCGGUACUCCAGCUUUCCAUCUCUUCGUUUGACACCCACCGGAUUGCUCAGUCUCCUCUUCCUCCAUCCCAGCCUUUCUGCCUGAACCUUGUUGGCAUGUUUUGCUUCUGCCUGCAGGGCUCUCUGUUAAAGCUCCAGGCUCUGGAGGAGGAUGCCAGUUCACCGCCGGAUUCUUCUCCCGAUGAAAGCCCAACCGGUACGAGUGGCAGGGACGAGACACAACCCCCAUCACGCGGCAGCCUGAGAGAUGAGAACAGCCCUCAAGAUCGUAGGCAGUCUGAAGGUGACUGCAGCAGUGAUCUCCAGCAGAACCCUGGUCCCAGUCGUCUCAUCUCUUACAUUACGGAUGGGAACAGCCCUUUACCCUCACCACGCUGCGCCAGCCUCAGCCUCAGCCAGCGCUUCAACACCGACCCCGAGAGUGCACCAUCACCUCCCUGCACACAGCAGCUCAUCAUGCCUCGUGGUAUGGUCCGACCGGAGACGUCUGAUGACGCUAAAGAUGCUCCAUCUAUUCCAUUACUCACUAAACACAUCCAGACGCUCAAGAGACGGAUACGCAAGUUUGAAGAACGCUUCGAACAAGAGAUGAACUACAAGCCUUCCCAUAAUGACAAGUCUGCAAAUCCAGAGAUUUUCAAGCUGAUGAGUGAACUGGCCAAAUCUCGCAAGCAGCUCAAAGAUCUGAAGCUGAGGCAGUCAGUGGAGGAAUCGAGAGGCCAAGAGAAUGACCAGCCCACAGGCGUCUGCAGAUACUCGAAUGGCCUGCAUGAGGCGCCAGAGCAGCAGCAGCAGCAGCACAAGCCCUCUCUGGAGGAGACGGUGGACAUGCUGCUGAAGAGACUGAGGGAGAAACGCCAGGCUCUUGGACUCCCAGACAACAUGAAGGAGAUGACCCAGAGGCAGAUGGCGCUGGAGAAGCUCACCCUGCAGAAAUGCCUGCUGUAUUUCGAGAGUCUACACGGCCGCCCCGACACCAAGCAGGAGAGGAACCUGGUCAAGCCGCUUUAUGACAGAUACCAGAUGGUCAAGCACCUGCUGUGUGCCACUCCCACCAUAACCACCAUCGAGGAAGAGGAAGGUUCUGAUGAAGAGUAUGUGCAGCAAACUCAGCCCCCACGGCAACCGACCCCUGAAUCGAUGGAGGAAGAUGAAGAUGGGGACAGUGACACGGCAUUUGUCUCACCUUUGGAUGAAGUGAAAGCAGUUCGACAGCCUGCACUCAACAUGUCCAACCUCCACGCUGCUUCCAGGUCUGAGCUGCUCCAGUGUCUGCGUGAGACUCGUGCGGAGAAGAAGAGGAAACGGAAAGCCAUCAGAGAGUUCGAGGAGCACUUCUUCAGACAGAUGGGCAGGACUGCACAAAAAGACGAUCGGAUUCCCAUGACGGAAGAAUACCAAGAGUACAAAAGCCUGAAAGCUAAACUGCGCUUGCUGGAGGUUCUGCUAAGCAAACAGGAAACUACAUAGACUAUUCACAUAUAGACUAUAUCCUGGUUUGCCUUUCAAUACAGAUCUAGAUAUUUGGACCAAACCAUGUUUUUUACGUACAUAUGACAUGCUCGUGCCAUAAUAACACUACAAUGCACUUUAACACCGGUACUAAAGUGGUCUGCCCCGAACGUCCCAUAUGCAGGGUUCGAUCUAUCUCUAAGGGAGGAAAAAAAGCCUUUACGUGGCUUCUGCAUGACGUAACGUGUAAAUGCAGGUCUCUGUUUUGUGCUCAUUCUUCAUUCCGAACUCAGCGGAGACUGACAAAUCAUGUGUGUGUCUUAAAGAGGAAAAGAAAUGCUGAAAAUAUGGCACUUUAUAUUGUUUUUUUUUGUUUUUUUUAAACCAAAGCGUGAAUCAAUAUGCAAUUUUCUUGGUUUCUUGUUCUGAGUUUUUUGUCAUUCUGAAGUAAUUUGAAACGAAAUGACAGUGUGCUCUCAGACGAUCGGACCAUGAUGCUCAGGGUCGAGGCGGGCGGGCGUUAGGGCGGAAAAGGGGCGGGGACUUUUAUGCUGAAAACCCAGAGCACUUAUUUAGAUUUAUAUUAUAUGCAAACUUACCAGCUGCUGAAGCACACAAAUGCUUGUAUUAGUGGCAACUGAUGUGAACUAUAAUGUGAACUAUUGUGAAAUAUUGUGAAUGUGUCCCUCUAUUACACUUUUCUUUUUCAUUUUUUUUUUUUACAAAGAAGUGAACUGUGACACAUUAAGAAGCCUCUUAAAGGAAGGGCAAAAUGACAAUGACAAGAUUCAAAGAAAAAAUAUAUAUAAAGGUAUAAGAAAUUUGACUAUGCUUUACCACUUUACCAUGAAGCACAAUGGUCCUUUUUAUGGUCAGAAAGUUUAACACACUCAGAAAAAUAAGAAAAAAACCCCCAAACAAUUAACAACCUCUACAGAUUAUACCAACCCUGCUUUGCCGUUUCAGCCACAACAACUUAUAUUAAACAAUGGUGUUUGUGUCUUGCAUGCCAGGCCGACAUGGAGCCGUCUUCUACAAUCAUGUGUGGUUUGUUCGGUGUCAUGUGUUAGCUGUGUUCCCAGAUGGAAUUUUUGACGUACACAGCCACCAUGACUAUUUCGUUGUUUGAACAAUAGAUUUUAGUGCAUGUUAAUUUUGCAUUGUUUUUAUGCGGUAGAUUUGUGCAAAUUUAAUUUUUUUGAGAAAUUUCUUUCUUGCUCUCAUGUGCAUCCAUUUCCUGUCCCAAAGUCCUUGGUAUCGUGCACUUCUGGUCCGUUCCGUUUUCUAUACACUGGUUAAAAAAUAAAUAUUUUUCUAUUUCUACUA